CCUUUGCUGGUUGGUCUCUGCCUAGCAUGGGUGGGCGCUCUCUCCGAAAAGGCAGUGUGCUGGAACUUAGCCCCCCAUGAAGCAUUCUCCAACAGAAGCAGAUUUUAGGGACUCAGUCCGAGGGUGACUGUCCCCGCUGAAGUUUCACAUACCUCCCGCUUCCUAGAUUAAGGCAGGAUCAGUCCUUCCAAAUGUUGGCUGGUGUUCAGCCAGGGCCCCGCCUUAGGGGACAGAAUGCUUAAGUUCAGGCCUGUGGCCUGUGAACACUGCCACGCAUGACCCAUCCACUAGCACCAUCUCAACAUAACCAUGUGUGGGCAAGAGAGCCAAACAAUGCCAGUAUGGACAGAAUAGCUUAUGAUGCUUCUCCCCACCCACCACUUCCGAGACAUUGAGCGGAAGCCAGAAUACCUCCAGCCGGAGAAGUGUGUCCCACCUCCCCACCCCAGUCCUGUGGGAACCAUGUGGUUUAUCCGCGACGGCUGUGGCAUUGCCUGUGCCAUUGUCACCUGGUUUCUGGUCCUCUAUGCGGAGUUUGUGGUCCUCUUUGUCAUGCUGAUUCCAUCCCGAGACUACGUGUACAGCAUCAUCAACGGAAUUGUGUUCAACUUGCUGGCCUUCUUGGCCCUGGCUUCCCACUGCCGGGCCAUGCUGACGGACCCCGGAGCAGUGCCCAAAGGAAAUGCCACUAAAGAAUUCAUCGAGAGUUUACAGCUGAAGCCUGGACAGGUGGUGUACAAGUGUCCCAAAUGCUGCAGCAUCAAGCCCGACCGAGCCCACCACUGCAGCGUUUGUAAGCGGUGUAUUCGGAAAAUGGACCACCACUGUCCCUGGGUCAAUAACUGUGUCGGCGAGAACAACCAGAAGUACUUCGUCCUGUUUACAAUGUACAUAGCUCUCAUUUCCCUGCACGCCCUCAUCAUGGUGGGAUUCCACUUUCUGCACUGCUUUGAAGAAGACUGGACAAAUCUGCUGCAAGCCUACGGACUGACCAGGGAAGGGACAGCAGAGGCCCAAAUCUCUCUUCAUGAAAAAAAGCAGCCCCCUAAAGUCAGUUCCACAGAGUGCAGCUCCUUCUCGCCGCCGACCACAGUGAUCCUCCUCAUCCUGCUGUGUUUCGAGGGGCUGCUCUUCCUCAUCUUCACCUCCGUGAUGUUCGGGACGCAGGUGCACUCCAUCUGCACAGACGAAACGGGCAUCGAGCGCCUCAAGCGAAAGCACCAGCCCAGGGAGCACAGGAGCAGCUGGAAGUCGGUGAAAGAGACCUUUGGUGGGGACUUCUCCCUGAACUGGUUCAACCCCUUCUCUGGACCAUGCGACCCAGAGCCUCUCAGUGACAGGGACUGGGUGCGGCAGGCGGCCUCGCUGUCCGAAACGGACAACACGGAGACCGCAGAGGAGCAGUCGGAGGAGAGGAAGGACGAGGACUCCGUGGAGGUGACAGAUGAGUGAAGCUGCCAUGGGGGGAGGGCCAGAAACUGGAAAGCCACUGGCAACCUGGACGCGGGCGUCGUGGCCCUGGCAUGGCUGGGAUGCGCCGCCCUGCACCCCUGCCCCCACCCAUCCCCGCAGGCUGCUUGCGGCCACUGCCAUCCCCUGUACACCCUCCUCCUCUCCCCAAGUUGGGCCAGGUCUUGGUGGGGGGCGGACUGGGGCAACAGGAGGAGGAGAGACUCCUGGAAGCCAUCCAAGAAGAGUUUACCCAGAGCGGGACUGGGUGUCCUUCCAAGACGGGGCGCCCCCCGCACCUGGCACGGCCCCACCAGCAAUGAAAGCUCUGAACGGAGCAGCCCAGGGGCAGAAAAGAACUUGCCUUUGGCUUUUC